AUGGCUGAUGCUAUCGAUAAAGCAGCGUUGAAGGAGUUUGGAGAAGAAAUUCUUGGCAAGGUAGCGGAACUAAUCAGUGUAGGAGUGGAUAAGAGGAAGAAAGAGAAAGAAGUGGAAGAGGAGAAGCCGCCAAAAGUUUCAUCAAAAGGGAUCCAGAAGAACAUCGAUUUUCAUUUCAAAAUAAAGAAUGUUUUGAGUAAAGCGAUGGCAGCCGAUGAUCUGGAGAAUGGAGUGAAAGAGGUUCUGGAGUUAAUCAAGUCUCGAAACGGAGAAUUGUUGUUGCUGGACUCGGAUCCGAAUUUGCUACAAACGAAACAGAAGUUGGACGCGUUGAAGGCGAUUUCUGGAGGAGGUUCGGAAGGAUCUUCGACUCAAGCCGAUAUGACGUCGAUUCUGCUCCUGUCUAACCUUACUGGAAUCGCUGGAAAUAAAAGUGGAGGUUAUCAUGGAGACGUAAAAAGAAGAAGACAAGAUCCAUUGCCAAGCAGACAACAGUGGUUUCGAUCAGAGAGUGUUUUCCGAGGCCAGGGAAAUACUCGGCAAAAUGGAGGUCAAGGUUAUGGAGGCAGAGACGGCAAGAGAAGCAUUCGCUGCUACAAAUGCCAAGGAUAUGGGCACUAUGCCAAUGAUUGUGAACAACGAAGGUAA